CUUCAGCUGCAUCCGGACCUCGGCUGAAUCAGACACUCAGGGUGGAGAUGGCACAAGCGCAGCGGCUACCCAGCGUGUGCCCAGCCCUCCCACCGCCUGUCCUGCUUGCCAGGAGGCCGGGCCCUGGCGGGAAGGGGCCGGGAAACCUCAGAGCCCGGCGGAGACAGCGACCGCCUUGUUCCGCAGCCGGGUGGCUUCCCACACUCCGGCCCGGAGGCCAAACACCCCCGCCCCGCCCCUUCGGGGGAACCUCUCCGCCCUGGGGCUGAAAGCGUUAAUUUGGGAGCUUACUGCACCCCCCGCCGCUCCCACCCAACGUUCCUAAAAAAGGUGCAGGUUUGGUCCAGGAUAGAAAAAUGACUGAUCAAAAGGCUGGCGAUACUUCCUGUUGCCGGGACGCUAUAUAUAACGUGCGAGUGCACGGGCUGCGGAGACGCACCGUGGUGCUCGCCUUGCCGCCGCCGCCGCCGCCUCCGAGCUCCCGAGGUUUCCGGGGACCACAAUGAACAAGCUGCUGUGCUGCGCGCUCGUGUUCCUGGAUAUCUCCAUUAAGUGGACCACCCAGGAAACCUUUCCUCCAAAGUACCUUCAUUAUGACCCAGAAACCUCUCGCCAGCUGAUGUGUGACAAAUGUCCUCCAGGCACCUACCUGAAACAGCACUGUACAGCCAGGUGGAAGACCGUGUGCGCCCCUUGCCCCGACCACUACUACACGGACAGCUGGCACACCAGUGACGAGUGUCUAUACUGCAGCCCCGUGUGCAAGGAGCUGCAGUACAUCAAGCAGGAGUGCAACCGCACGCACAACCGCGUGUGUGAGUGCAAGGAAGGGCGCUACCUGGAGCUGGAGUUCUGCUUGAAGCACAGGAGCUGUCCGCCUGGAUUUGGAGUCGCACAGGCUGGAACCCCAGAGCAAAAUACAGUUUGCAAAAGAUGUCCAGAUGGGUUCUUCUCCAAUGAGACGUCGUCUAAAGCACCCUGUAGAAAACACACAAAUUGCAGUGGGCCUGGUCUCCUGCUAACUCAGAAAGGAAAUGCAACGCACGACAAUAUAUGUUCUGGAAACAAUGAAUCAACUCAGAAAUGUGGAAUAGAUGUCACCCUGUGUGAGGAGGCAUUCUUCAGGUUUGCUGUCCCUACAAAGUUUACGCCCAAUUGGCUUAGUGUCCUAGUGGACAAUUUGCCUGGCACCAAAGUAAACCCAGAGAGUAUAGAGAGGAUAAAACGGCGACAUAGCUCGCAGGAACAAACUUUCCAGCUGCUGAAGUUAUGGAAACAUCAAAACAAAGACCAAGACAUGGUCAAAAAGAUCAUUCAAGAUAUCGACCUCUGUGAAAACAGCGUGCAGCGGCACAUCGGGCACGCAAACCUCAGCUUCGAGCAGCUCCGCAGCUUGAUGGAAAGCUUACCAGGGAAGAAAGUGGGAUUGGAAGACAUAGCAGAAACCAGGAAGGCGUGCAGGUCCAGUGACCAGGUCCUGAAGCUGCUCAGCCUGUGGAGAAUAAAGAAUGGGGACCAGGACACCUUGAAGGGCCUGAUGCACGCCCUGAAGCACUCCAAGGCUUACCACUUCCCCAAGACAGUCGCUCAGAGUCUGAAGAAGACCAUCAGGUUCCUUCACAGCUUCACGAUGUACAAACUGUAUCAGAAACUAUUUUUAGAAAUGAUAGGGAACCAGGUCCAAUCAGUAAAAAUAAGCUGCUUAUAACCAGAAGUAGUUGCCGGGCUGCUUCCUCACGGUGGGCCAGACCCCAUGGAUGAGUAAACUACUCCUCAGGCACUGACAGGGGUAUCAUUUCUUUCUCUUCAUUAAUGUCGAUUUUGCCACAAGCCACUAAAAUAAACUACGAUGUGGAGGAAGAACCAACAUCUCCCCUAAAGUUAAAUAAACCCCUAAUAGUUCAUCUAAGUGUCAGAUCUGAUUCCAUCUCUACUGACUGUAUUUUUUCCCCUUAUUACUGCUUGGACGGAGUAAUUUAACUGGAAAUAAACAAAGCUAAACUCCAUUGUUCCUUCCUAAAUAUGAGAAUGUCUAACUUAAAUAGCUUUGAUAUUUCAGCUGUGCUAGAGGCUUUUAUUAGAAAGCCCUAUUUUUUUCUCUGUAAAAAUUACUAAUAUAUCUGUAACACUAUUACAGUAUUGUUAUUUAUAUUCAUUCGGAUAUAAGAUUUGUACAUAUUAUCAUCCUAAAGAGAAAUGGUAUAACUCUUAAUUUUAGAAAGAAAAAAAAUGUAUCCUGUUUAUAAUUAUGACAAACGAAAGAGAUAAAAUAUAUUUUUUAAUAGAAAGUUUGUAGCAUUUUCUAGUAGAUGUUGCUAUUUUUCCUGUGUGGAGUGUUUUAAUAAAAUAACUUUAUCUGUAUAAGCUGUUAUAUCAUUUUACAGAAGAUGCAUUAUUUAGUUAAUUGUUUAAUGUUGGAAAGUGUAUGAAAUAUAAGUUAUCUGGAUAUUAGAUGCUCUGAAAAACUGAAUGUACCUUAUUUAAAAGAUUUUAUGGCUUUACUAUAUAAACAAUACCAUUAAAGUUUUCAAAUUCUUUUUUA